AGCCCACUUUAAAAACCCGUCAAAACCGACUCACGAGCUCCGAAGUCUAUGAGAACAACGGCAGUAAUUCAUAGAGGACGGUCCUCAAAUCCCCAUCCUCAAAUUUUGUGGUGUUACAUGUUUUAUCUGAGGUAAACUACGGGGAGAGCUUCAUCUGAAGGACGUUUCUCAGUUAUUCAUCACCAUUAAAGAAGAUCCGUCCGGGAAACAAGGGACUGACACAAAGUUUCUCUAUAGAUCUUCCUCUCACACACACGCACACUUGAAGACUGAGAAUAAUCACUCUGAAAGCAUGGAGCCCGACGAGAUGAACACUAUCCCCAAUGGAAAGGGGCACGAAGCUGGAGAGGAGACAACUGCAAUUGCAAUAAAAAGCCAAUCAGAUGAUGCAGCUCAAGAACUUGUACCAAAUAGCACUGAAAAUGCCAGUACUGACAGAACUCCAGCUAAUGCAGAGGCAAACCAGGCAGAAAGCUCAGAGUUCAUGCCCAACGCAGAUGACAAGAAAACCCCUCGCUUCACGGAUUUUGAGGGAAAGACUUCUUUUGGGAUGUCCGUCUUCAACUUGGGAAACGCCAUCAUGGGAAGUGGAAUUCUGGGAUUAGCAUAUGCAAUGGCCAACACGGGCAUUGUCCUCUUUAUAAUUCUCCUCACUGCGGUCGCUGGUCUGUCUUUAUACUCCAUUCACCUGCUGCUAAAAUCUUCAGGCGUUGUGGGGAUUAGAGCCUAUGAACAACUGGGCUUCCGAGCAUUUGGUACACCAGGCAAGAUGGCUGCCGGCAUUGCGAUCACCCUGCAGAAUAUUGGAGCCAUGUCCAGCUACUUGUACAUAGUAAAGUAUGAGUUUCCACUGGUUAUCCAGGCUUUUCUCAAGGUGGAUAAUCCAUCAGGGGAGUGGUAUUUAAAUGGCAAUUACCUGGUUGUCAUUGUAUCCUGCAGUGUCAUCUUGCCACUGGCUUUAAUGAAGCAGCUCGGGUACCUGGGCUAUACCAGCGGUUUCUCUCUCAGUUGUAUGGUCUUCUUCCUUAUUGCGGUGAUCUAUAAGAAGUUCCAGGUGAAAUGUCCUUUUGAUGACUAUGCCCAUAACAGGACAGUGUUGGGCUUUAACACGAGUGUGGAGGCUGACCCCGGAGGAGUGAAGAUAACCCCUGAGGGUGACCCUGCCUGCACCCCCCACCUCUUUAACCUCAACUCACAGGCGGCCUACACAGUUCCCAUCCUGGCGUUCGCGUUCGUGUGCCACCCCGAGGUGCUGCCAAUAUACACGGAGCUACGCAACCCCACAAAAACAAAGAUGCAACACAUUUCCAACAUCUCCAUUGGAGUCAUGUACAUCAUGUACCUCCUGGCUGCUCUGUUCGGAUAUCUGACCUUCAUUGAUAAGGUGGAAGCUGAGCUGUUGCACACCUACAGUCGAAUAGAUCCGUACGACACACUCAUCCUGUGCGUUCGUCUCGCUGUGCUGACUGCCGUCACGCUCACUGUGCCCAUAGUGCUGUUUCCAGUAAGGAGAGCAAUUCAGCAGUUGUUCUUCCCAAAUAAAACCUUCUGGUGGCCACGUCACAUUGCCAUAGCUGUCACCCUCCUCACCCUCAUCAACUUACUGGUCAUCUUCGCCCCGAACAUCCUGGGCAUCUUCGGAGUCAUCGGCGCCACGUCCGCACCGUGCCUCAUCUUUAUAUUUCCGGCUGUGUUUUACAUCCGCAUUGUUCCCGAGGAAGAGGAACCUAUGCGCUCAGCGCCGAAAAUCCUUGCUGCUUGCUUUGCCUUUUUAGGAGUCCUAUUUAUGGUAAUGAGCAUCAGCUUCAUCAUCAUUGAUUGGACAUCAGGGACCAGCAAAGGAAGCAGUGGUCAUUAGGCCUCACCGUCUAAUGGUUUAUGCUUUUUAAUAUUACUUUCGGGUCAGUAGUUGGGGAGGAUGCAUAAUCUCUCAGUGAUCAGUCACCAGAGUAGUACCAGAUUCCUAGCUUUAAUUCUGUUCAGUCAAUGCGUUAUUUGUCCAUGUGACCUGCAUGUGCUGUAAAUGGGGUCGUGACCCAUCUCAGACCAGCAUUAAAUCCAUUUAAAGGCCAUCCUCUUUCAAAAAGGAGUGGAAAUAGUUUGUUUUAAAGCAGGGAGACGACAACCAGAACUAGAAAAUUUAAAGCCCAUGAUCGUAGUAACAGCACAUGCAGUAUGCAGGGUUUACAAAACAAAAGGGGAUUUUGCAUUCUAACCAAAUGGACUCACCAGCUUGCCAAACCUCCCAUCCAGCCCUUCAUAUUAUAACCUUUGACCUCUGCCCUUCGGCCACAUUCACAAGAGAUUAGAAAGCACAGUAAGUGCUCAGUUCUUAUGGGAGGAAUGGUGGAUAUUAAAGUGUUUAUUUCAUCAUAUCUCAUCUUAGAUAUAGCAAUACUCUGUGCAAUAGCUGUGAGAUAUCUGACACUGAAGGCUGUUGAGAGGCGACACACGACCUCGUCCAGAAUCCAGACUUGAUUUGGCUGCAGUCUAUUACAUAAUUUCAGAUUUAUGCAAAGUGUUCAUAUAGAUGUACAUGGCACAUUUUUAUAUGGAUUUAUAAUGUUUAUCAUUUCUACAAUAUAUAGAGAUAAAUAUAUUAGUAGAUAAAUAAAUAUAUAUAUUCGGAGUAUUCCGAUUCAUCUGGUGUUCUUAAGGUUAUUCAUCACAUCCCUUUACAGUAUUUAUGCUAAAAUGCCGUCCUUAAAAGAUUUAGAUUUAAAAAGACAGAAAAGCAGAUUUUAAAUAUUCUUCUUUUUUUAGGAAUACUACUGUUGCGAUGGGAAAGCACAGACUGGAAAGCACAGUUUAUCAUAGGGUCAGGCUGUAAUGAUCCCAUGAGUCCUGCUGACAGACUGAUUUUGAAACACUCUCUGGAUUUAUAUGCAGAGAAAACCAAAAACACAGAUUCACAGGGUCUUCUCCUUUACUGGAGAAACAAAUGUGGUGCAUUGAUGCAUGCAAAUGUUUUAGUUACAGGGCAAAAUGGCUUACAUGUGGUAACCUUGCCUGAUCGGUUUUGCUUCUAGAUAGGCUUUAAAAACAGAGGCUAUUAACCCAAGUAGAUGGAUGAUUUUGGAGAUCGGUUCCCACACAGAUUACUGAAUCCUGAAACUAUAGCACUUUCAGUUGAAGCACAACUUCUGCUCAAUCUCCUGACCUAGUGACCCAGUUAUGACUCAUGACAUAAUCAUAGAUUAAUAUAUUUUGUAGACAGAUAUAUGAACAAAGCCUAUGUACUACUAAUUGUAAAUUGUUCAAAGAAGAGAGUAAUGUGUGGACGUCUAACAAGGUACAUUAAUAUUUAAAACUUUGUAAGUGAAACUCAUCAUCCUAAAAAAAAAACAAAAAAAACAAAAAAAAAAGCUAUAUAAAUCAAGCACUUACUGGCCCAUAAUGAUCUUAGUGGUAACACUGUGGUGUUUUAGUGUGUGAAUGUGUGUGUUCUCUCCUCUUCUCGCUUAUGAAGAAAGGAUACUUCAGUCAGUGAAUGUACUGUAAUGGACUAUAAGAUGUCUAAAUGAAAUGUGCAUUUAAAUUGUGGUACUAUUUUAUUCAUUUUUGACUGUUUAAUUAAUGUUUAAUGGAUAGACCAGCCACACACAUAACAAAAUCAUCAUAUCUGUGAACCAGUAUUAGCAUAAUUACUUAUCUCAAUAUCUUCUUUCAGUAUUUUAAAUGUCCCUUGUGAUGCAUCAAGGACCUGUCAGACAGCAAAGGCACUGUAAUAUAUUCUAAAUUGCAUUUUUUAAACAAGGAAGUACAUAUUGUAUUGUUUAUCAUGGUCGGAUGAUUCAUUUCCCUAUUUGUGGUGUUAUGAAAAUAUAUUGAGAAUUGAAUGAUUAAAUAUGUCUGUAUGAUUGCUGAAGUGUAUCACCGAAAUAACCCACUGAGUCAUUUUUGGUAAAGAAGCGUUUAGUUGUGUGUGACGGUGAGAUGUUAUAUGUAGUGGUGUAAUGCCUCACACACCAAUGUGGUUUCUUAAGCACAAAAGUGUUCCAUCGUUUUAACUGUGUGUGUGUUAAUGUGUGUUCACAUGCCUGAGAACUAAAUGUGCCCGUUGUUAAGGAAUUGCAAGUAUCCGUCAUUAAGUAUACCAAUGGCUCUAAAUGAUUCUUGAUUGCUCAAAGUCUGAACAUGUCUUUGGAAGUAGAAGUGUGAAUCUCAUGUAAACAUGCACAGGCUGCAUAUCACCCCAAAAUGAUGACAAAAAAAUAUUUAUAUACUUUUGUUCAACUAUGGUGCAUUAAAUUGACUAAAAGGGACGCUAAAGAUGUGCUUUUUAAUUUCGGUUUCAAAUAAAUGCUGUUCUUCUGAUCUUUCGAAGAAUGAUGAAAAAAAUGAACACCAAAUCAGCAUAUUAGAAUCUUCUCUGAAUGAAAAUGUAGCUUUGCCAUUACAGACAUAUUAUUUUAAAUACCUUACUGUAUUUUUGAUCAGUCUUGGUAAGCAUAAAAGACUUCUUUCAAAAACAUUACAAAAUCGUACCGGCCCCAGAUACAUAUUACAUUUUAUUACAUAUAUAUUUCUGUUAUUUGAUUUUGGAGUGACAUUUUAUGAGAUUCACUGACUGUAAUUUUGAUUUGAUAAUUUUUGUGAUUAUUUUUAAAGAGAGUAUAAUGUUUGUGAGUAUUUUUAAGGAGAAAUGACUCCUGUUUAAUGUAUCCACUGCAUAAAAUAAUGAUUUUAUGAUGAAGGUGGUUUAGGUUAACCAGUAAGAUCUAAUUAACUUACUGUCGUAUAGCACAAAGUAGGAAUCUUUAGUAUCAGUGAUGAAUCAUGGAUAAAUAUUGUUCCCUUUAUAAAAGUACAAUCUGUUUGCUACAACUAGAGCAUUACCAGUGGUGCACCACAAACUGCCCUGAACAACAAGAUCCCCCAUAAUGCUAUGCUUCCAUCCCCAGGCUUUCUCAUGCACAGCUUUGUAGCUUCUGAGCUGAUGUCUGGGCUGACAGCAGCAUUUUUAAGCACCUGCAGAUCAUACUGUUAUAUGGUCUCCAGAUCAGGUAUUAAAAAGUAGCAGAAGGGAAUUUAAUUGUCUUUUUAGCAGCUGUGUACUUGUGUCCAGUCAGCGUGACGUUUCCCUUGUGAUGUAAUGAAAGUGUCAUCUGUUUGUAACAGUUUAUAUGAACUCAUUACUUACAUGGCAGCAUUUAUAUAUAAUGUACAUAACUGUAAACCCUUUAUAUUAUAAGCACAUCUAUAGUUUGUAUAUUGUAAAUAGUCAGAUGAUGUUAAGUCUGAUGAUUAAAACGUGAUAAUUUUUAAAAAUGCUUUUUAAAAAGCCAGUUUAUGUCUUUAUUUUCUUUAUUCUCGGUAUUGAGUACAUUGCUGGCAGUUAAUGUACUGUAAACAAUGUUCAAAUAAAAAAAAGAAUAAAUAAUAUUCAUUCAUUCUCGA